AACGUUUUGCUUAUAGUUCUACUUUAAGAAUAUUAUUUCUUUCUAAGUGCAUAAAAAGAGAAACCAGAAUGAAAUAUAUUGAGAGCAGGAGCGAACUGACAACUCAUGGGGCCCCCCAGGCAAUAGGGGAUCAUGGGGCCCCUGUGUCCUUGCCCACACUCAAAGCACACCCAAAAAAAGCCUAUAAAAGGUACCAGGGGCAUCUCAUGGGGCCCCCUACUGAUUCCGGGCCCUCGGGCAGUGCCCGAGUUUCCAAA